AGCACUUUUUUAAUGAGUGUAGUAAAGAUAUGCACGUACGUUUAAUUCAAUAGUGCUUUGAAGAAUUAUUUUUCUAAUAUGAUUCUUUUGAGAUUCAUAUAUCUAUGGGCGACUAUAUUAGAAAUCACGUUCUGUUUGUCACCGAGUACAUUACUAAGUUUAGCCAAUCUUCAACAUCAAAAAGCAAAAGCUCUCGCAACAGCAUUAACAUGGAAAUUGAAAAAUCGUUAUAAUAAAUUACCGAAAAGUAUUCAUGGUAAUCGUUUCAUUAGAGAUACAAGAUAUGAAUAUACUCCACAUGCUUAUUAUGUACAUAAUUUAGUUCCGCAAAGUUACGACUAUAAAAAUUUAGAUAUAAAUAGACCGCAAUAUUUGAAACCACAAUCUCAUAGUUAUACGCCCCACUGGAAAGGACUUUUUCCCUACCAAUUGAAAUAUAAAUCAGCGCAACCAGAUGAAUACUCAAAAGAUUUUAUUGUCGGAGAACCCUAUAAUGAAGACUUUGUAUUGAGUUCGGAUAUCAAAGACGAAAAAUUUGAUGACGAAGAUGUGUUGGGUACUUUCAAUAUAUUACCAUUAUCAUACGAAAAAUAUGAGGAACCUCUAUAUCAAAAUCCUGAUGAGUUCGAUCCUAAACAACCUGAAGAUAGAAACAAGGUUGUUGAUUUUAUCAAAUCUACUGCUAAAACUACAGAAAUGAUUUUACAUAUGUUAAAUCCCAUUAAUUAUCACUUAAAUGAUCCUGUAAAUGAAGAUACUAAUUAUCCAACGGAAGGCUACAAUCAUGAUAAGGAGGAUGUUGAGCCAUAUAUGAAUUACAAACCAGCUAAUUUACCUCAUAUUUUCAAGGUGGACAAAAACCUUGAAGAUUAUUUAGAGACUCAGCAAAAAUCACUGAAAAAGUUAGAGGAUGACUUUAAACGUCAUAUAUAUUCUGAGAUUAAUGAAAAAUCAGAGUACAAAGAUGAAAAACUUGAAGAUUACUUGAAGAAUCAUCAAAAAAUAUUAGAAAAAUUCCAGGAAGAUUUGAAGAAGAAGUUGACACCUAAAAAUGAAAAACAUCAAUACGACUUACUUCCUACGGUAUAUCCAAUUUACACUGUACACGAUAGCUAUACGGAGAUUUUACCACCAACACCAAUCAAACAAGAUGUUCUUCCAACUGUCCAUAAAUUAUACACUAAUAAUGAAGGUUUCGGUGAAUUGUAUAAAAACGAACAACAAAAGUAUGAAAAUGAUGUCCAUGAAACCUUGAAACCGUAUAAUCUUAAUCAAAGUAUACCAGAGCCUACCAAGCCAAAUAUUUUGCCUCGUGACUAUCCAGAAUCACAAUACAUAAUGGAUUCUAAUACACCUAACGAAGGUGUCAUAUCUCCUUAUUCAAAAGAUCCAAAUUUUCCUUAUACAAUUCGAAACCUAUACGAUGAUAUAAAUAAAAAAAAUAUCCCUACUCCAGAAGAAGAUUUCGAAACGCCAGGACCAAUUCCUACAAAUAACUUAUUCGAUCAAAUAGAUGAAAGCGUACAAAAUCUUGAACACCUAGUAUACAAUGAUCAGCAACAAGAUAAAUCAUCUCCUCAGAUGGUUUCUGAUGAGCUAAAACAAUUAAGAGAAGCAGUAACAAAUAAUUCCUAUUCCGAUUUAAAAGCACAAAAAGAAAUAAAUCUACUGAAACAAACUGAGAAAAUAAGGAAUUUCAUCGAGAAUCAUGAUGAGGUACUAGGUGAUGUGUAUCAACCCUCCAAAGAACAAUAUUUUUUCCAAAAAUCACCUGUUGAUGGAACAGUUCAAAGGUCGAUGAUAUCAAAUGAAGCCAACCCCAUAGUAAGUUAUAUCUUUAAAUUGCCAUUUAAUAACGAAUUCGAUAGAAGAUCUGUGAGACACGUGAAAAAUGGAACUGAAACAUAUAUAAAUGAUAUGAAAAAUAUAUUGAGCUUCUUACAAGACAUUGUAUCUCAUGAUGAACACUUGCUAAUUAUGAAUUAUCUGGAGAAUGUUAUAGUUGACAAUAUUCAAGAAGGAGAAGAAAAACAGGAAGCGAAUCAUACAAGGAUUAAGCGCCACGUACCGAUUAAAACUUUGUUGUUGGAUCCAAGAGUAAAUGUAGAUGUGCCAAAAUUCAUGGACAAUAUAGGAACAUUUACUAAAACACUUUUCGAUCACAAAGAUACACCUUUGUACCAUGUCCGCAACUUUGUUGGUUCAAUGAAAGAUGCAGCACUUGCCACGAUGAAAAUACCAAAUCAAAAUAUCAUUGUACCAACAGAAUAUAAUAUCGUCGAUAAUCCGAAUAAAGAAGAAACAAUAUUAGGAAACUCUUAUCCUAAUUUGUCAUCCAGAUUUGGCAAUGAGGAUGAAGAGAUUCCAAAUUGGCCUCAAGAACUAGUCCAAAAUACCUUUCAAAAUGUUGGACAGGUCGUUCGAAACGUAGUUAAAUCGGGACAAGAAGCUGUUCAGCAUGUAGGGGAAAUGACAAAUCAUGCGAAAAAAGUUAUCAUGACAUCAAAACAGGCUCCCGAUAUUCUCUUACAAACAGUGACACCGAUUCCGUUGGCAACAGAUAAGAAAAAAUUCAUGUUGAAUUCAAGAUUCGGAGGCGACACCGUACUUGCACAACCCGAACAACAACCACAAGUGGAAUUUAUAAAAAUGGGACAUCUCCUUGACGCUGUAGGCGUAUCUAAUCCAGAUAUACAAAGUAAAUCAUUCUCACCACGCACAAACUUUAGACAUGUAGAAUAUGCUAAAAAACUCCGUGAAAAUCUGGAAAAAAUUGUGCCAAAUUCAAAUAUCGCUAAAGACAUAUCUCCUAGCACUAAUAAAGUUGUUGAUACCAUGAAGAACUUUAGAAACGAUAUUGAGAAAUUAACUAAAAAAAAUGUUUUCCAAAAAACCAACGAUUCCGAGGAAAAUGUGGGAAUAUCAAUUAAUAAUAUUCUCAGCCAAUCUGAUGAUGAAAUGAAAAAAAUAAGUAAUGAUCUUCCUCUAGUUAAUAAAAAAAUAACAAAGGAAGAAUAUAUCCAAAAUGUGAAAAAUAAACUGGAGGAUUUCAUUAGUACUUCAAAUACCAUUAAAAACAGCAUCUACCCAAGAGCGCGCAAAGAAGAUCAUAUGGAAAAUAUCAAGAACCGAAUCGACAAUAUCAUUCCUAAAUCAAUUAAAUCCCUAUCUGCCAAAAAUGAUAAAGGGAAAAAUAAUCAGCUUCAAAAAGCUUGGAAGGACUUCCAAGAUAUGAUAAACACAGUUAAUCCUGUAAAUAACGUUCAAAAAAUUGUUCAGCCACUAGGUAAAUACAUAAAAAAUGGUAGGAGCAGCUUGAUUAGUGAUAAAAAUAAUAAAAUUCUUGAUAAUCUUCACGACUAUAUAUCACAGACAAAAAAUAAAUUGACAGAUUUGAACGAACGCACACCAUUGGGUAUUACAAAAAUGAAAUGUAGCAAACGAAAUAAAAGAGAAGUCGCUGAGUCAGAAGAAACAUGGGACGCGAAUAAAAAUGAAGAGCUAUUAGGCUCUAGUUUUAUAAGUCCAAGAUUGACAUUACCAUACUUGAUACCUAGUUUAGUUCAACCCAAUCAACUUUUUGGUAGAGCUGCGGUUGAAAAUCAACUAUUACCAGAUUUAAAAAUUGACAAACAAAACGUCCUACAGAAUCUGAAUCAAUUAAUUCCAGUUUCUGCGCCAAAAAUUUUGGCUUCAAGUUUAGACAUUCAGCAUUUAAUAGGUUCUAUUUUGGGUGCACCGCAUAUACUGGGACAACCACAAAAUAAUGGAAUCGGGGCUUUAUCUAAAGAAGAAUUGGAAUACAACGAUGAUACUAACAGCGAAGAAAAUGUGGCCACAUCUUUAAAGAUGAUACCUGCUCUGACUACUCCAUUCAUGGGAAAAAUUUCGGAUAAAGACAAAAAUAAGUUUUACGAGCAAUAUGAACCGCCAAAAAAAUAUUAUUUAGUCGACAAUCCGCAAUUGUUUGAGAAGUACGAACCAUCAUUUAUAUGUUCUUGCCAAAAAAAUGAUGAUUAUUUGUAUGAUAACGAUAGUAUAUAAUUUUUUCUAUUAAUUAAGUUAUUAUAUAAUUUUAUAUCAUAUUAUUCGAGUUUCAUUAAACAAUUUGCAUAUUUACGACUACAA